CCUUCAAUGUUUCCGCUGCAGCUGACCAGGCUGGCAGGCAGCCUACCAUGGGGCCCUGCUCAGAGCACCACCUGCUUUGCUUGGCCUCCAGUGUCCCCAGGUUCAUCACCCUCCUCCUCAGUGUCUGCCGUGGUGUGGGUGAGAGUUCUGGGGCAAAUGGCUCUGCAGUUAAGGAUUCUGGAGCCCACAUUCCUCUCAAUAGGAUCCGAGGAGAUUCUGUCUUGUUUGAUGUGACCAAGAAUCAAGGAGCAAUUCUGGAAGUUCAGCCGGAGGAGCUCUCUUGGAGCUUCAGCCCUGAGUCAGACUACACGGUCAUGUUUCGAAUCCAGAGAGGCGUCCAUUCUCCAAGGUGGUUUGGCCUCCAGGAUAAAUUCAAGCAGAGGGUCCAGGUCCCCAGCUUGACCUCCCUGAGGAUUUCAAACCUGACUCUUCAGGACAGUGGGCAGUACCGAGCUCAAGCCACGUUAACGGAAGGAAGAGAAGUUAUGCAGGUUUUCCACCUUACUGUCUAUGAGCCCAUCCCCCAUCCCAACAUCCUGGUUCAGUCACUAUCCAUCGCACUAGGCUGGUGCAAUGUCACCCUGGAGUGUAGGGCCCCAAGGGCCACAAGGAACCUGAAUGUGACCUGGGAGAGCAGGGGCCUCCCCACAGAGCUGGAGCAGAGAGGGACACCAGGACCUGCCCUCGACCGCUGGAUCCUGGUUGUGAGGUUGCCCCCGAGCCAACCCAAUGCCAGCAUCACCUGUGUGGUCAGCAAUCACAUGGAACAGAAAAGUGCCACCAAAGAUCUUGGGGACAUCUGUGCCCAAGAUUCACAUGGAUGGGACGUGGGUAGACUACUGGCAGUCAUCCUAGGGCCUAUUGUGGUUUUGAUGUUGAUCCUGGGAGCUAUAUCAUACCUUUGGAAGACACAUGGGAAGAAGAAGAAUAAGAAGACAAAGAAGAAGAUGGAACCAGAAAGAGGUACCCGAUUGCAGGAGGACCACAGAGUUGAGGAUGAUAGCAUCCACUAUGAAGAGUUGAUGAAACAGGAGACUCAGGGCAUCAGUGUACGCCAUGUGGAAGGAAAGGGGCCUAUGACUACUGUCUACACUGAAGUCCGCAAACCAGGCCGGGCCAUGAAUAUCAUUUAAUUGAAGGAAGCAGGAGAAUCAGCACCACCGGGACACGUGUGGUCUGAGCCUGAAGCCUGCAGACACCUGCCUCUCCCAGCUGCAGUUCAGCUCCACCCCCCCAUUGGUCUAUGUUAGCCUGACUUCGCAAUCAUAAGCUCUAUGGGUACUCAUGGCCUGGUUACGUUCUGUGACACCUCCCCAUACUGUCCUCACUCUCAGGAUCCUCACGCCUGCCAGGUGAGGGCUCUUGGUCUGUCAUUCAGAAGGAUUCUGACUCCUCUGCAAAACCUUCCCAAGGGGACCCUGUCUGAUAGUGCAGAUAGUAAAUCCCCAUGACUUCUGCUGUGUUGCUAGUGUGUGUAAUUUUGAGAACACAAGCCCAGGUGUGGGAGCUGCACAGAGGUGUUGACUGUGCCCCAGGGGAGGGAGUUAGGACCUGGGUUCUGAGUGCUGAGUUAGGGUCAAAGGAGGCAGCAUGGGAGGCGGAAGCUCCCACAGGGACUGGCCUGAGGCUUCCUUUCCAGAUCUUAUGUAGGCCUCCCUUGGCUGUGUUGAAUAGUGUGUGCAUGUUUGUGUGUGUGUAUUCAGGGGAGUGUCUAGGGCACAUCAUGCAAGUCAACCAAAGCGCCUUCCUUUUCACCUGUGCUAAGCUGCACCUAAGCCUCAGCCUUAGCCAGUGGACCCGAAGUUGUCUUCCUGUGAAGUGGAAAGAGGAAUUUGCAUGAUCUCAAGCCCUUACCAGCCUGUGCUUUCAUUAGGCACAUCCUUCUCAAACACUUCGUUGAUAUUUUGAGCUGUCUGUGCUGCAUUGGUUCCAUGACUGAACUUAUAUUUGAA